UUAAAUUCAGGUCAUCAGGCGCCGCUUCGGCUGCUAUGUGAUUUCCGAAUAAAAGAGAACCCAGUUUCUCACCGAUGCUUUUAGUAAACCACCCUUCUUAUUUCUACACUUCUUUCUAGUCCAUUCCAAGAAACUUGUCUCGCAAAACUAGCUUCUUAAGAAAACGGUGACAGAUCCAUGUCAUCUACUUGUAAAUAUGGCGUAAGGAUUACGAUUUACGAGUGGGGGGAGCUGUGGUCGUUAGAGAGAGACGAACGUGGGCGUCCUCUCUCUCUCCUUGCGUUUCUCUCUCAUCAAUUCUACCCGCCCUUCCUCCUGCUUUCUCUGUCUAAUACCAAUCUUUCGCUCUCUACUGCCUCUCUCCCUCUCUCUCUCUACACAAGAGCUAAGAAGAAGGCGGACGAAUCCAGUUUCCGAUUCAGUGUGGUGCGCCCACAAUUCUCGCCCCACUCCUGCCUCCGCUCCAACCGCCACGCUCGCUCCCUAUUUAAACCCCAUUCUCUCUCUCUCUCUCUCUCUCUCUCUCUCCCUCUCUCUGUCUCUGUCUCUGUCUCUGUCUGUCUCUGUCUCUCUCUAAAUCUACACUUUGAAAUCUCAUCAUUUGCAGGCUUAUAUGUCAUUUCAUUCCUGAUCUUAUUUAUCUGAAAAUCCCUAACUUUCUCACUCUCAGAUUAUUUGGGGCCAAAAUUGAAGGGCAUCUGCGCGUUUUGGCCCUGAUCUUACCCAAAAACCCUAACUUUAUCUCGCUACUCAAUUGUAACGGGUUCCAAGCUUGCUGCAUAUUUUUCCACUGUUGCUGAGAUUCAUCUGCUUGCAUGGAAACUAAUUUUUGACUUAAAAGGCCAACUACUUGCUGUUCGAUUAUUUUAUGGUUGUUGAUAAACUUUUUAUGUCAGUAUAGUAGUCAUGCAUAAUCCUCUGAGCAUUUUCCAUUGAAUAUGAUCCUUUGAGCAUUUGCCAUCGGAUGUUUGGGAAGGUACUGAAACGACGAAAAUAAACAUGUGCAGGAUGGGAUAUGUGGAAUAGUUGUCAUAUUUCAAAUUUUGAGAAUAUCAAACCUUGUUUCCCAACCUUUGGGGUGUGCCUUUCCUAUAUUUUUCUCCUGUAAAUGGAAGGAAGGUCGAACGCUUACUUUGAUGUCAAUAUCCUUUUAUAUUGGUUAAUCAUCUUAAAAUUUGGGUUUCCUUGAUUAUUAUAUCAUGAAAUGCUAGAGAGCCAUGGGUUGCCCCAUGGUCCCAGAGCACAAAUAAUUCACAAUUGUUUAGCAUCCAAUCUUCCCUGGAGUCUGUUCCCAUAAAAGAGAAACCCGCCCUUUCCACUGUUCUUCUCAUCUAGCAAUAAGUUGGGUUAGCUAAUUCUUUAAAUUGUUCUGAUACUAUCUUGAUGUUCUUUAAAUUGUUCUGAUACUAUCUUGAUGUUGACACACAUGUAAUAAUCUCAGGACAUUUGUUUUACACAGCUCAACAUGCCUAAAUUUGUUAUCCAUAGCUUUGUCCAAAUAUACCAUUGCUUGAAAGUUGGCUGCCUGAAUGCCUGGGCAGCCUGUCUAGGCAGGCGAGGGCCUUAGGCACAUUGCUUAGGGCCAUUGGCAGCCUACUUGUGUGGAGGGGUCCCUAGGUGCCUGCUUAGGCAGGUGUUUUACCCUGCCGUGGCCUUUCUUCUUCUUCUUCUUGUAAGCAAACACUUGGACUUGUGCUCUUGUCACGGGACACUUGGAGGACACAAUCUCUCUCUCUACAUCUUCUUCUUCUCGUCGUUGAACACUUGGACUUAUGCUUUUUGUCAUGGAAUACUUGGAUGCCGCUCUCUCUCUCUCUACAUCUUCAUCUAGCACUCUCAUCAUCCGACACAUGGAUGUCUCUCUCUCUCUCUCUCUCUCUCUCUCUCCACAUAUAGAUAGAUAUCCCCACCCCAAGCACCCCAUAUAUAUUAAUAUACAAUUCUCCCCCUCCUUGUGCCUUGUUAUCUACGGUGCGCCUCAAUCAUGAGUAUCAAUGAUUUUUUAGUAUCUAUAAUCAUAGUUGAUGUAAUUUUCAGAAAGACAUUUUUUGGUAUGGCAUGUUUUAGUCUUUUCUCCUUUGGACAAUCAUGGAGUAUUAAAACAUGUCAAUCCUUUAGUUGCUGCCACAAUCCAUUGAGAUUUAGUUGUUUGUCGUAAUGAUUAGUGAAAAAAAGUUUCUCUGAAAAAAUUUUAUAUCUAUCAAAAAAAUAUUAGAAAUAAUUGUAAUAUUGUGAUCUAUGUUAUACAUGCUCAUGCAGAUGAGUUUAAAAUGAACAAUUUUUUUGUCUGGUUCUAGUUCAACCAAUGGGACCAGAUUGUCAGGUCCGGUUUUUAGGACAUUGAGUUUAUCUCAAGAUUCUUCUUUUAUGUAGUUUGACAAUUCUUGAAUGACUAGCAUGGCCAAGAGCUUUGAAGAUGACCCCUAAACCUGAACAUGCAAAGCUUUUGAAGGGGAGCGAAGUAGGCUUUGGCAUUUGAAUGUCUUGGGUCCAGAUUAGACUUUCACCUUAGGGGAUAUGUGUUUUUCACACCUUUGUGAGUUUCUAGAAUAGGUGGUGCUUAAUAUUAAGGAAUCUGAUUUUGUACCUUGAGGGGUUUUGGUACCAUAUGUUUGUUGUGUAGCCAAAGGGCCAAAAGGGCAGUGUGUGUGUGUGUGAGAGAGAGAGAGAGAGAGGAGGGGGCGGGAAAUGACUUGGUGGGCGUGUUUCCAGCAAUGGUCCUUGGGGUGGGGAGGGGUGGAUCGACAUUCUCUAUCGUUGUUUGGUUUCUGUUAUGUCAAUAUAAUCAAUGAUAACAAAAAAAAAUGGAAUAUCAAAAGCCGUGAUGCCACAGUCCUUGGGAUUGGCUGUCAUAUUCAUGUCUGAUACCAUGGAAAUACAUAAAAUUACAAAAGACACAUUUCCUUCCUAUUUCCUUUGUUGUAAACAGGCAUCAUAUAAUGAUGAUUAUAGAAGGAAUGAGUUGAUUUGAAUAGGAAAUGAUAGAUUUGUGAUGGAAAAAGUUCUCCACGACACUUUGGAUUAUUAAGAGUUCAUGGAGGUCCUUGUGUGCUGGUCGACAUUUUGUACAAAUCAUGUAACCGUUAGAAAUUCAAACUGCACUUGUGAAAUCAGGUGCAUAUGGAAAGUCUUCAACUGCAGGUUUGAAGAAAGCUGUUGAAAACUUUUGGUUUUGUUCCUGUUCUUUGAACAUCCUGGGUCUAUAAUCCUGCAAUGGGUAUUUUGAAGUUUUUGUUUUCUGUUAAAAUUUCAUUUAACAAGUUUGGUGUAAAUUCUCGAUGUUGUUUUUUUAGUCUUCAUUCUCUUCAUUUUGGAAUCUUCUGAUCUGUUUGGCAGUGAGAUUUUUCAAAUUUUGUAAUUGGCCAUGUUGCAUUUUACAAAAAACACUAAAUAUGACAAAGGAAAUGCAAGUAAUCACUAUUGUUUUAAAAGAAAAGGUGACAAUAUAUUACCAUUAUAGCAUAGUUACAAAAACUCCUCAUGAGAAAUGAGGUAUUAUGGCAGCCCACAAACUGGGUGCUGUGCUGUCAAAAAAUCAUAUGAGAAUUUUGUUAUUGAGAAAUUUGGAGUUCUAUCAGAAAUAAAAAGAUGUCCCUGAAAAUGUUCUUGUAGAUGCAGCUCCAAGAAUUGCAUAGCUUCUGUCAAUAUCCAUUUGAAGGGUUGUUGCUUCUCUAAGUGAAAUUAUAGAAGGUUUGGUGAGAGAACUCUUUGAUCACUGGGCAUCGUGGUCGAGGGAAACAAAAUUAAAGCCUCUUUUGUAGUGUAUAUAUUUUAAUUUCAGUUUUCAUUUUGAUAGCUGACAAUGAAUAAUGAACUACUAAUGAAAGCAGAUACAAGGUAUUUAUGAUGAAUGAUGAUGAUGGAUAGAUGAUGGUUAUCAAGAAAAGAGGAAAAAGGUUCCAAUUGAAAAAGAUGGCAAAGAGCAGGAGCCGCCGCAAAUCUGCUUCCAGACGCUGCAUGCUGCACCCACGCCCCUCAAAAUUCACACGCCAUUGGAACCUAGACAACACGGCCCACAGCACAAGCAACAAGAAAAUCCCGAAAUCAACUGCCACUGAACCCUCAUUGAAGAAAGACUGGGAAGACGCAACAUGCUCUGUGUGUAUGGAAUACCCUCACAAUGCAGUCCUCCUCCUUUGCUCCUCCCACGACAAGGGCUGCCGCCCCUUCAUGUGUGGGACCAGCCGCCGCUUCUCCAACUGCCUCGACCAAUUCAAGAAGGCCCAUGCCAAAGCCCGUGACCUCCAGGCCCCUCCCAGCCUUGCCCAAGUGGGGUCCAUCACUCCCUCAGAUAGUGAGGAUGCAUCCUUAGAGGGCGAUGACGAGGGUCCCGUAGAGAGGUGGGAGGUGGGGGAGCUGGUGUGCCCCCUCUGUCGGGGCCAGGUCAAGGGCUGGACUGUGGUGGAGCCUGCUCGGGCCUACUUAAACCUGAAGCAUAGGGGGUGCAUGGAGGAGGGGUGUGGGUUCACAGGAACAUACAGAGACCUGAGGAGGCAUGUGGAGUUGGAGCACCCAUGCUCCCGCCCUUGCCAGGUGGAUCCGGAGCGGCAGCGUGACUGGAGGCGGUUUGAGCGAGAGAGGGACCGUGAGGAUGUCAUGAGUACCAUCCGUUCCACAAUGCCCGGGGCAGUGGUCUUGGGUGAUUACGUCAUCGAGGGUGGGGAGCCUUCGGCAGCUGAGGAUGGCAACUGGCUAGAUGUCCUACUCCUUUUUCAGGCGUUGGGUCCAGCUGCCGAGGGAGCCAUGGGGGGUGGGAGGAACUUGUCGUCGAGAUUGAGGAGGCUUGCGAUGGGUCGACACCGAGGAGGGAUUGUUGGGAUGGGCUCCACAUCGGGGUUGGGGGAGUGGGGGGAGGGGUCAGAUAGUGACGACUUUGCAGCAGGGCCUUUCCAGAGGAGACGACGUAGAACGAGGCGGAGGGCGUUGAGGGACAUGCAUUGAUGUGUGAUGUGGGUAUUGGAUGUGGUGGGCCGUGGUGAGGCCCUAUUGCAGGUAUGAUGUGGACGCUGUAUAUGUGAUGUGCAUAGACAUUGUGCAUAAACAUGAUCCCAUGGUCCUUUUCCCUGUCUUUGAGGUAGGAUAGGAGUGUUUUUAUUUCCUGCUCUUUCCGUUGUGAAAUUGUUGCUCUCUCUCUCUCUCUCUCUUUCUCUCUCGCUCUAAUCUCUCUUGCUCAUCAUUUGUAGGCAAUCGGCCUACAUUAAAUCCUGGGGUUUUGUGAUUAUUUGGCCGUUAUAAAUAUACUUGCUUUUUGGGUUUGUAUGGGUAGGCUUGCUUGGAUUGGCUGGUGGCCAGUGCUGCCCCCUGAACCACAUAACCAAGAAUUGGAGAGAGAAAUGGUCGUAACAUUCUCUCAACAGUUGAAUUAUUGACGUCUCAGUUGGAAACUAGUGACCGUAAUUCGAUCAAUUUAUUAGUCCAGUUCCGAUAUUGUUCA